AUGGAGGUUUUCGUCGAGACUCAGAGUGGCUCAACGUUCUCCAUUGAAGUGAACUCCUGGGAUACAUUGUUAGAUAUCAAAGAGAAGAUCGAGAAGUCUCAGGGUAUCCCUGUUUCCAUACAAACCCUUUUCUUCCAAGGCAAGCAUCUUCCUCGAGACGAGCUCUUAGCCGAACAAUAUGAUAUCGUGGACAAAUCUCGCCUCUACAUCUUCUUCCCUAAUCAAGAAAACUAUCAAGUGGUUCAGCAAACAGAGCAAUCUCCAGUUCCGUCAAAGCCGAUUGAAGAUUGGUCCGAAAAGAAUCAAGAUUCGAGUUUGAUGGCCACGAGCGAAAACGAUCAAGUUCAUCAUCGAACGGAGCAAUCUACAGUACCGUCAGAUGAAUUUAGUGAGCUACUUAAUUACGACUGGUCUUCCAUGGCGAUGAGCAACGACGAGCACGUGGUUGAUCAAACCGAUAAAUCUCUGGAAUCGUCAUAUUCGGUCGAGGAGUUCCUCUGCGGCGACGAAUGGCCUGCGACAACCGAAGGAAACUUUAAUAAUAAUCAAGAUUCGUCGAUGGGAAACAACGAAUAUCAAGACUGGCUUCAAGAGGAACCAUCUCCUCCGUCGAACUUACUUGGAGACUUCAUGUUCGAUGAGGAUAAGCCUUUGUCAACCGGACAUUUCACUAACAUUCAAACUUUCUGGCCUGGGACUGGCUACGAGAAUCAAGUGUUUCAAACCGAACAAUGGCCAGUACCGUCAAGCUCAUCACAACAGAGGAUCAACGCUCAAGAUUUUCCUGGGAGCAGCAAUCAAGUGCUUCAAACCGAGCACUGGCCAGUACCGUUAACCUCAACAGAGCAGAGUAUCAACACUCAAGAUUUUCCUGGGAGCAGCAGUCAGUUGCUUCAAACCAACGAAUCUCCGGUGAUCAAAGAGGUCAUUAACGUUCCGGAUUCUCCUGUGAAGGCGAGGGUGGCCAGAAAACCACCACAGAAGCUGAGAGUGAUGAUGCUGCCAUAUUCCCGCGAGGAUAAACCUGUGAGAAAGUUUCCGAUGGAGGUGAACGCGAGUGAGAACGUUGAAGAACUGAAGAAAAAGCUGGAGAAGGUUCAACAGAGGUAUCAGUUUAAGCUGCCUGAAAAAGGGUAUAUCUUUAUACACGAACAGAGAGUGUUGGACUUUGAUCAGUCAUUCCGGUGGAACUGUGUUGCUCACGGUGAUACAAUUGAAUUUUUUCCCGGAACGUAUACUAAGAAAUGA